AAGCUCUUCCACUUUUCAACCAUGGCUUCUCCUUGCCGGAAAAAUGAUCCACGGCCAAAGUUUUCUGCUACCAAUAUCAGUUUCAUUAAGUUUAUUUCGGAGAGCUGUUCUAAAGAAACAAACCUUAAAUUUCCCACAUGUUAUGUCAAGAAAUAUCAGGAGAAAUAUGGAAAAGAGCUACCGAGGGCUGCACAUCUUAAGCUUCCAUGUGGUGCAGAAUGGGAAGUAGAAGUCACAGGACACAAUGGUCACUUUUGGUUCGAAAAGGGUUGGGAAGAGUUCUCCAAAUUUUACUCCCUCCAGUCACAUGACUCGCUGGCUUUUCAAUAUGAAGGGAAUUCAAGAUUCAAAGUUAACAUCUUUGAUAAAUCAAAAACAGAGAUUGACUAUCCUAUCAAAUGUCCUAAUAUGCAAGAAAAUUAUGGAAAUGAUCAUUCUCCACCAGCUACUCCUCUAAUAACUCAAAAGAAGAAACUUGAAGCAACUUCAAGUGGUGGGAAAAAGAUUUUUUCUGCAGAAAAAGAUGAAGGAGGCAAGUCUAGUACUACACAAAGAUCCCAAAAACCAACAACCGAGGUUCAUAUGGGGAUGUACUCCUCGGCUACUGGUGGAAAAUCUACAGCUCUUCGGAGAGCUAAAGAAUUUAAGUCUAGAAACCCAACCUGUUUCUUGGUUACCAUGUAUUCUUCAUAUAUCAAAAGACAUGCCCUAUGGCUGUCAACUGAGAUCUCCAUGAAUAUCUCAACAUAUCUUGGUAACAAUUCCGUUAUAGUUAGCCUUUGUGUUUCGGAAGAGAGUACAGGAGGAGCUUGGACUGUUGAAAUGAAAUAUGAUACGGAAAGAGCCACAUUCAGAUUCCAGGGUGGUUGGAAUAAAUUUGUUCGAGCAAAUAGAUUGAAUGUUGGUGAUGUUUGUAGUUUCAUGUUAACUGAUGAAGCUGGACUUGUAUUUGAAGUUAAUAUUUUCCGCAGAACAGAAGUAGUAACCUCAUCACCAGGCAUUGAUGAAGAUGAUGUGGAUGAUAAAGAUGACAACGGGCAUCAUGAUGCGAAUGUUGACCAUGCAGCUGAUGAAAAAAUGCUCCGUUCUUUCAGAAAGGUCUUACAGAAGUCUUCUAUGAGUCAUUGUUUGUGUUUGUGCUCUGGAUUUUCUCGGAAAUAUCUCCGUAACAAGCCUAAUACUGCUGAGUUUCAUGUUCCUGGUGGGACGAAAACUUGGCUUGUGGGAUUGAAAUAUGACAAUGGCAGACAGAGAGCCAGAUUCCAAUACAAUUGGACCAAGUUUGUAAAAGACAAUGAUUUGAAAAUUGGAGAUGAGUGUGUGUUUGUGUUGACUGAUGAAUAUAAACUUUCAUUUGAAGUUGUCAAAGUAGUUGCAAAAUCCAGCUUGCCACCAGACACUGACACCGCUAAUGACAACAUCAAAGAUGAUGAGUAUAGUAAGAAUGAGGAUGAUGAUACUGAUGAUGACAGCGACUGCAAUGAUGAAGAUGAAGAUGAUGAAUAUUCAUCAGCAAAACAGCUUACCCACAAGAGAAAGAGAUCAAGUUCCAGUACCAAAAGUAGCAUCAAAGAUGUCGGUGUUUCGACCAGUACUGGACAACUCUUAAAACGAAGACCUGGUGUUCCAAGGAGCAUACAUCCAAUAAAGGCCACGGGAAAUGAUAUAGCUGCUCUUCAAAGAGCUAAGGCCUUCAAGUAUGUAGAACCUCAUUUCGUGAUCUCAAUGACUCACAGAGAUGUCCAUGAACCUUUUCUUAAGUUACCAUCUGCUUUUGUCAAGGAACAUCUUGAUAUGAGGCCUAGUCAUGUCAGCCUGUGGGGUUCAGAUGGCAAGUAUUGGCCGGUUGAGUUACAAUUUAGCAAAGGAGCUAGAUUCCAGGGCGGUUGGAUUGAAUUUGUGCAAGGCCACAAGUUGAAAGACGGUGAUGUAUGUGUCUUUGAGUUGACUGAGAAGAGAAAGUUUCUGUUUGAUGUUCACAUUUUCCGCACCGCAUAG